GCCGAUUACCUAUUUGUGGUUGGUCAUUAUCCACUCUAUUCUGUCUCUCAGCAUGGCUCAAUGAAUUGUCUGAUUCAAAAGCUAAAACCACUCUUGGAAAAAUACAGUGUCACAGCGUAUGUUGCUGGACAUGAUCAUUCAUUACAGCAUAUUGUUACGGAGCACACUGAAUCUUCACUGAAUUAUGCAAGAGAAAUUCCGCUUCAUUAUAUUGUGAGUGGAGCUGCCUCUCGAUCCGAUCAUUCAGUAGCGAAUAUUCAUACAAUUCCGAAAAAUUCAUUGCGAUUUCGUUAUCCAGUGGGAUUAAAUCCAUUUUCACAAAUUGGCUUCUCAAAUGGUGGAUACGUUAUUGUGAAUAUUGAACGAGAAAAAGCUAUCCUCAAGUUUUAUAGUGGUAAAGGAAAUGAAAAAUAUUCGUGCACUAUUAUGCCUCGGAAUAGAUUCACAGCAAAUACUACCUCAUAA